AUUCGAUCCCCCGGCUCGGGUCCCGUGUCGCUGGUGAAGAAAGCCUGGAGUGCGGGUCUGUGAGGCUUCCGGCCCAGGCCUAGAGUGAGCUGGCGUCGUGGCUUUGGAGUUGGCAGAGCCGCCGUGGGAGACGUUGGCAAGAGCAAAGAAUGUACCUCUUCGGCUGUCCCUCACAGCUUCCUUCAUCUCCCACCAAAGUCCCGACCCUUUACCCUUCAGUGUGGGCCCCCCAACCUCCCGCACCAGCCGCCACGUCUCUCCCCGAGCCCGGGGGCUGCAGGUUAUCUGGGAACAAAGCAGGACAAGUCUGGGCACCUGAAGGUUCUACUGCUUUCAAGUGUUUGCUGUCAGCGAGGUUAUGUGCUGCUCUCCUGAGCAACGUCUCUGACUGUGAUGAAACAUUCAACUACUGGGAACCAACACACUACCUCAUCUAUGGGAAGGGAUUUCAGACUUGGGAAUAUUCCCCAGCCUAUGCCAUUCGCUCCUAUGCUUACCUGUUGCUUCAUGCCUGGCCAGCUGCAUUUCAUGCAAGAAUUUUACAAACUAAUAAGAUUAUUGUCUUUUACUUUUUACGAUGUCUGCUGGCUUUUGUGAGCUGCAUAUGUGAACUGUACUUUUACAAGGCUGUGUGCAAGAAGUUCGGGCUGCAUGUGAGUCGAAUGAUGCUAGCCUUCUUGGUUCUCAGCACUGGAAUGUUUUGCUCAUCAUCAGCAUUCCUUCCUAGCAGCUUCUGUAUGUACACUACCUUGAUAGCCAUGACUGGCUGGUAUAUGGACAAAACUUCCAUCGCUGUGCUUGGAGUAGCAGCCGGGGCUAUCUUAGGCUGGCCGUUCAGUGCGGCUCUUGGUUUACCUAUUGCCUUUGACGUGCUGGUCAUGAAACACGGGUGGAAGAAUUUCAUUAAUUGGUCGCUGGUUGCCCUAAUGCUCUUUCUGGUGCCUGUGGUGGUCAUCGACAGCUACUAUUACGGAAAGUUGGUGAUCGCACCACUCAACAUUGUUUUGUAUAAUGUCUUUACUUCUCACGGACCUGAUCUCUAUGGCACAGAACCCUGGUAUUUCUAUUUAAUUAAUGGAUUUCUGAAUUUUAAUGUAGUGUUUGCUUUGGCUCUCCUGGUCUUACCACUGACUUCCCUUAUGGAAUACCUUCUGCAGAGAUUUCAUGUUCAGAAUUUAGGCCACCCAUAUUGGCUUACCUUGGCUCCAAUGUAUAUUUGGUUUAUAAUUUUCUUCAUCCAGCCUCACAAAGAGGAGAGAUUUCUUUUCCCUGUAUAUCCACUUAUCUGCCUUUGUGGCGCUGUGGCCCUUUCUGCACUUCAGAAAUGCUACCACUUCGUGUUUCAGCGGUACCGCCUGGAGCAUUACACUGUGACAUCCAACUGGCUGGCGCUAGGAACACUCUUCCUGUUUGGGCUCUUAUCUUUUUCCCGCUCUGUGGCACUGUUCAGAGGGUAUCAUGGGCCCCUUGAUCUGUAUCCAGAAUUUUACCGAAUUGCCACAGACCCAACCAUCCACACUGUCCCAGAAGGCCGACCUGUUAAUGUUUGUGUAGGAAAAGAGUGGUACCGAUUUCCCAGCAGCUUCCUUCUGCCCGAUAAUUGGCAGCUUCAGUUCAUUCCAUCAGAGUUCAGAGGCCAGUUACCAAAACCUUUUGCGGAGGGACCACUGGCCACCCGGAUUGUUCCCACUGACAUGAAUGACCAGAACCUAGAGGAACCAUCCAGAUAUAUCGACCUCAGUAAAUGCCAUUAUUUAGUGGAUUUGGACACCGUGAGAGAGACACCCCGGGAGCCGAAAUAUUCGUCCAAUAGAGAAGAAUGGAUCACCUUGGCCUACAGACCAUUCCUUGAUGCUUCUAGAUCUUCAAAGCUGUUGCGGGCAUUCUAUGUUCCCUUCCUGUCAGAUCAGUAUACAGUGUAUGCAAACUACACCAUCCUCAAACCCCGGAAAGCAAAGCCAAUCAGGAAGAAAAGUGGAGACCGGAGAAGAGCAGAGCCAGCUUCUAGGAAGAACUGAAAAUCCCGGGACUGGAUGGCUGGGUUGAGUAGUUCUCCGCACUCCGGCCUGGCACCCGGGAGCUAGCCUCCCUGGGGCCGUGCGAGCUUCUCCACCAAAGCUCUCUGGCAGCUCCUAGCAGACCUUCUUGUUCAAAUCCUAGUGCUGACAAGGAGCACAGGCUAGUUGCCAACCUACAUGUCCUUCUCACCUCCAGCAAGACAGCUUUCGUAAAGCACUUCACAGGACUAGGACCCUGUCCUGGAGACAUCUCAGGAAAAAGGCAACCAUUUGAGGAACUGUGACUUAAUUUCAUUAUAUAAGAUGCCUCUUAUUUUCAUUUUAUUUCCCCUACAACAAACUGUAACUAUAUGGUGGGGUUGUUUUUUUUUACAUUUUAGCAUGCUAUUUUUUUUAAUUCAAUACUUCCCUGUAUAAAGGUAUCAACAGAUCAGACCAUAACUGUACAGGACAUAUUUGGAGAAAAUUAAUUCUAUUGAUUGGUAGAUUUGGGUGACAUCACAUUUUUAAGUAAUUUAUUCUGAGGAAAUUAAGAAUCUCCCUUUUUUUUUUUUUUUUAAACAACCCUAGGGAAAAAGACCGGUGUGUAUUUAUAGCAGCUAUUUUGAGUCUCUCUAUUGCAAAGCACAUCCUGCAUGGGGCACCUCUAGUCAAACAGGCAACAAUAAGGACCUGAUUAAAACAUAGUAAGUCUGUGCUUUACUUUGCCUUUACGUACAGUAUUUCCUAGUUUACAAAGCAUUUUCACAUCGUCUCAUUUGAUCCUCACAGUCAGGACGUGAGGUAGAUAAGGCAAGUGGUUUUAUCCCCAUCUUACAGAUGAAGAAACUGAGACUAGGGGGCAGGGAGAGGAAAAGUGACUUGCCUGGGGCCACACAGCCGUUGAGUGGCGGCGCUAAUACUGGAAGCCAGUUUGCCCCACUUCUCAUCUAGUCUCCUCCACACUUCCUCACUCGACUCAAAGCAUUACUUGAAGGAAUGAUAAGGCUGGCCAGAGACCUGACGCAUAAUGUAACUUUCUAUUUUAAGGAAGAAUUUUAUCUGUGUUUCUUCGAGUUCCUUGGAGCCUCCAGUCUGCCUGUUGGUUGGAGCAUCACAGCGGUUCUCUCCUGGAUGCAGCCUGGCCUGUGGCAGGAAAGCAGUGCUCGUGUUUGGAAGUCAUGCUCUUUGCAGCCACACGGGCUCCAGUAUCAGUUGCAUUCCUGCAUUCAGUCUGGGGUCACCCUGCAGUGCCUUAUUUCCCUAAUGGUAAUUGUGUCUUGUAUCUGCAAAUAGGAUGAAUCUGGUUUUCAGAUCUUCCAUCUUUCAUUUUUCAGAGAGAAGGGAUUUUCAAUAGGAAUUGAUCUCAAGAGAGGGGAAAAGAAGUGAUAAGGGGAGAAAUGGCUACUUAACCGUAUACAGUCUCCCCUUGGGGAUCCCCUCUAAAGGAAUCCCUGGGAUGGGGUGGAAGCACUGGUGAGGCAACAGGCCUAGAUGGUGUAGAGUGAUGGUAACAGGAGAGUGAAGAUAAACUGGGGUCCCACUUGCUGCUCUAAAGAUCUCUGGCAUUUAAUUUUCAGUGCUUGAUUACUGUUUUCCAAGGCAGAUAUUGGCACAUGUGGUCUGACUACAGGAUGGAGAAUUUUCAGUGACAUACCUUUCCAUACCUGUAGUAAUGGUACACCGUCCUUCACAGUGGCUAAAGCUCUCCACAGUUUGCAAUAGUAAAUAAGAGAGUACCGUCAUGCCAGGUCCAUGAUGAGUGGCUUUUUUCUAAUCAAAAUGGUACAGUGCUGAUCCAUUUUAUCAUCUUGCAUGUUACAAAAAGAAAAAAAAAAGGUCGUGAUUGAGCCAGGGUUUCCUUGGGAGUAUCUGUUUCUGUCUCUUUUAAAACCUGGUUUUGGUUUUUCUCUGUUCUAUGUGUAUCUUUAGUGAGAGCACAAUUAAUUGCAAAGCACUGUGCCAAAUUCUAUAGGUAAGGGAUAUAAAAAUGAAUGGUUUUUUUGUUGUGAAGAUCUUUUUCCUGUGAUAUAUAAAUGCAUUUUAAAAAAAUCUCCAUCUCAGCAACACGGGGAGAUUAGCUUUGCCUGGGAAAAGAGUUUCAAAACACCUGGUCAGUGUAGCAUCUCUCCUCCAAACAACCAGUGUUCAGCAUGAGCUGACUGCUCUGUUCACUGUGAGGAUAAAGUAUCUGAGGUACUUUUUUCUCUAUAGAUUGUUGACGUCAAGGAAUGAAGGGCUACAGAUUAUUGGUAAAAAACCUUUGAUUAUGGCGCUGAGGGAGGGAGCCGGGUGUAUUGGCAAUUCCAGGGCACCCUAAUCUCCAGAUCUUAAGCAGCCUUGUCUGAACCCCAGAUCUUAUGACACUGAGUCCAUUACCGAACCAGCCUGUGUAGUCGCAUCUUAUCAGAGUUCACCUGUCACCCAGCAGGUGUCAUCUGGUAAGAAAGACCAGUUAUUUUAAUCUCUCGCGAUAAUAACAGAAAGCUGAAGCCCAUGCUCUUCAUUGCUGAGUUCAAGUUUAGAAACCGAUUGUUUUUCAGUCCAGGUGGUUUUUGACCCCAGCCAUUUAUUUGAGUCAUAUUUUUUUUCUAGUUUAGAGUUCUGGGAAAGACCCUUGAAAACCCCAUGUGAUUCUGCGUAACUGGAUCGGCCAUUUGGGCAAAGGACAAAUGGAAAGCCUUUAUUGUGUUUUGCAUUUCAUGGAACUUACUGAAAUAAGAAUUCACUGUGAUUGUGCCGUCUUCUGGCCAGCGUCAGGCAGCUGUGCUGUAAAUUUGGUUAAUUUUAUUUUCUCUGAAGAGAGAAAAGAGGCACAAUUUAAUCUUUGCCUCCACAAGCAUAUUAAAGCUCAUGUGUUAAUUCAUUCUUACUCUCCUACAUCAAAUGCCUUGGGUAGAUGCAGAAAUGGACAUGUGCUCAGCUUUAUUAUUAUUUUUGUGUGUGCAACAGAAAGACCUGACUUCCAUGGGGCAUUGUUGGAUUUCAGAGGCUCUCUGGCAUUUUGGUAAAUCUAAAUGAAUGUUGCCUUUAACUUUUCCAAUAUAAUAUAAUAUAAUAUAAUAUAUAUAUGUAUAUAUAUACACAUAAAACCAUGUGAUUCAUGCUGCAAGUGAAAUCAGGAAGCAGUAAGGUGUUGAAGCGAGAGUAUCGUCCAGUUCAUUUGUCUUCCUGAUCCUUGUACUUUAUUUCACAUGUCAGUGUUUACAUUGCAUAUUGUAUUUUCUGUGAGAGAAAAAGUUAAAUAAAUCUUGGCUGUUUGAUUUUCCUUUUCCUAA